AUGACGGCUUCAUGGCGGCGCGUUAGUGUGUUGUUUUUACUAUCUGUGGUCGUCGCUGACAGAAGAGCCGAGGAGGGCUACCCUAGAGGACUCACGUCAUUUUGCCCAGGGUCAACAAAACCAGCCAGCAUACCGCGGAGCCAGCUGAAGUACUUGUUCUUCGUGGUUCAGGGGAAAGGCGGUUCGAGGAAGACGUACACCUACUGGGACGCGAAGAACAUCGCUUCGGACCCCAGGGUGGACCUCAGCAGAAAGACCGUCGUCGUCGCCAUCGGCUACCUGGACAGCACAAACUUCCCCAUCUCAUCUAUUUUCGCCAAGGAAUACGUGGCCAGGGGCUACAACGUGAUACUUGUGGACAAUCAGCGAUUUGCAACUGUACAUUACUUCCUAGCGUCGCGUCUGAUGCGACCAGUAGGCUUACACGUAGCUGAGGUCCUGGCGCAACUUACGCAGUCAGGGCUCGACCCAUCGAGGCUGGAACUGCUGGGGUUCAGCCUCGGCGCCCACACCGCCAGCUACACAGCCAAAAACUACCAGCUGCUAACCGGGAGAAACAUAUCCCGCAUAUACGGAUUGGAGCCGGCGGGGCCAUGCUUCAGAGAUCUUGGAAGUGCCGACAGGCUCGCCGCCUCGGACGCCGACUUCGUCCAAGUGGUCCACACGAACAUAGACGGCUUCGGCAUGGCCGCCAGGAUGGGCCACGUGGACUUCUACGUGAACGGCGGUGAGUUCCAGCCGUCGGACCUGAACCUGUUCCCGUGCACGACCACCUGCAGCCACUUCAAGGUGCUCUUCUACUGGCUCGCCGCGUUGAGGCACCCCGACGGGUUCGUCGCCAUCCAGUGCGAGAGCAUACAGCAGGCGCGAGACGCGAGCUGCUACGGCAGGGCCCCGCAGACCAACCUGAUGGGCCCGAACGCGGAUGAUACUAAGCCGGGAAUAUUCUACCUGUCGACAGGAAAACAUUUCCCCUUCUAUCUGGGCAGGAAAGGCUUAAGGGAGGAGUACGCGGCGUGGCGGAGGAUAAGCGACAUUAACGACAAAGUCGGGACGGAAGUUUACGUU